CGCUCCUUGAUUCAGGAAGUUGCUACUCACAGCUAAACAUAACCGCUUGUUGGUGAAAAAGAGGCAGGUUUCAGGCAAAAAUGGCAACUGGUCCCGGAGCUACUGGUGCAUCAGGAUUCGGAAGUGAAGACAGUUUGCACCAACAGGUUUUGGCGUCCUUUCCACUAUGUGACAUGACCGAAGAGGACCUGAGACAGAAUCCUCAGCUCUGCAAGCUCCUGGCAACUCUGGCACAACACGUGGAUAAAACAGGGCUCACUGCCCAUCUGAAAACAGAGCUGGAAAAGACUGAGCAGAAGCUGCAGAGCCAGCGGCGUGUCUGGUUGUGUUCCGAGAGCUUCCACAGCUCACUGCAGGAGAUGAUCCAGGACUAUACUGUUAGGAAGCAUGGAUCUACUGUACCACAGGACCAAAAGAUGUUUUAUGAGACAAUGGAAAGGUGUCUCCUUGUGGCCAUGUGUGCCAGACAGUUGGACCCCAGCAACACCACCAAGCCGGAUCAGCCCUCUCUUCUAGGCUUGACCCCCCAACAAGUGAUGGAGAUCAUGCCUUCAGAGAGGAAUGUGCAAAGAAUGAAGCAGAUACUACCCAGAGAGGUGGAGGAACAUCUAAAGAAAAAGUGUUUUAGCUACCUCUCCUACUAUCAACCUGAAUGGGAGAAUCAGAGUGAAGGUCUGAAGAGAAGCAAGUUGUCUUAUCUGUCUGGCCAAAUGGACAAAGACAGAAAAAGGACAAAGAGUCUGAAAGAAAGCUCUUAUGAAAAUGCAGUUCUCCUGCAAAGACAGACACAACUGUGCCUUUCUGAGAUGACCAAGUGUGUGCAGCUCUUGCAGUCUCUCAUCUUGGAGCGCUGCUUGACGAUCCAGGCAGAUUUGGACAGGAAGAAGUUAGACUACUUUGAAGGCAAAUGCGAAUUAGUCUUGCAGAAGAUCAAGGCUGAGAUGGCUGGGAUUCAGCUGGACACUUACACAGCAGAGUCAAUAUCUGCCCACAGAGCAAUAAGGAUAAACCUGGAGUCAGAGCUGCAAGCCUACCAAGUGGAGAAACAAUCUGUGGAGUUAAAACUUUCAUCCUUUCAGAUCUUGGGCAAGGAGUUUGACACCCUGGCUGAGGAGUACUGCAAAUUUCGACAGGAGAUCGAAAUGAGAAACUGGGCUCUGAAGGAAUUCACCAAGGACAACAGCAGUUGAUGACCAUGCCUGAUCAUUCACAUUAUGAAACCUGUAUUAAUACCAUUAAUACCCCUUCUUGUGUACUAAAUAAACAAGAAUGGGUUGAAA